AUCAAUCUACAAAUUGGGGAUUCACUAAUUACGUUACAAGGUAUACAGAUGACAUUUGUACUUUGAUUUAGCUGUGAAAGUGUUCAGUUUCAGAGGACAAUGAUCUGUUAAUAAGACGCGCCUUAAUCCCUAAAGAAUUCCAUUAAUUAGAUUUAUAAGACAUAUAACAGCACCUAGACUAUCAUUGAGACGUUUGGAUAUGUGAGAAAGAGAGAGUUCCAAGUGCUACGUUUGUGUGCUAGGGAUGUGAACAGUUGAAGUGUCACCGUUUAACUACUGCUAGCUUAAUAUGAAGCUGUGAAAUCAAUGAGGCAGUAUAACUAGGCCUGUAUUUUUUUGGCACGUCUUUUUUGUUCUUCACUUAGUGCCGAUUAAUAUCAUAGACAACAUGGACUUAUCAAAUCUAUCAUGACAAGGAGUAUGGAUGGAGCAGAUUUAUGCUUUGAGAUUGUCAAGAGGGCGUCCAUGGGCUUUGUCUACAGUGAAGCUGUAUCAAGCCAUUACAUGAGACAGAUUCUUGAUGCCUUAAGAUACUGCCAUGCCAACAACAUUAUACACAGAGACCUCAAGCCACACUGUGUGUUAUUGGCCAGCAAGGAAAACUCUGCCCCAGUUAAGCUGGGGGGAUUUGGGGUGGCUACCCAGCUCCCUGAGUCAGGUUUUAUAUCUGGAGAUGAGGAAAUAGUGCAUGGGUUGGAACCUUGGUUUGAUCUGAGAAAUGAUGUAGUUGGUCGCAUUGGUACACCCCAGUACAUGGCCCCAGAGGUAGUUAAGAGAGAGCCCUAUGGUAAACCAGUGGAUGUGUGGGGCUGUGGAGUCAUGUUAUUUACCCUCCUAGGAGGUCAUCCACCUUUUGUCGGGACCAAAGACCACUUGUUUGAACAAAUUGUUAAAGGCAGCUACCAUAUGAAGAAACAAUGGCUCAAUAUUUCUAACUAUGCAAAAGAUUUAGUCAGUCAGAUGUUGGAAGUGGAUCCAGAGAAACGCAUCACUGUGGAGGAAGCAUUACAGCAUCCAUGGAUCAAGGAGAGAGGAAAAAUCCCCAAAGUUCACCUACAGGAGACGGUGGAGGAACUGAAAAAAUUCAAUUCUAGGAGGAAAUUGAAGGGUGCAAUAAUGGCAGCUGUGUCAAGUUCAAAGUGGAACACAUUUUAUAAUGACCCAGUUGUUCCGGACUUGAGUGAAGAAGAGGUCACUUCUGCUGGAGCUGUGUCUCAGGUACUGGACUCCCUGGAGGAGAUGCAGUGUCUAACAGAUUAUACCGGCGAGGAAAAAGACCUCAUCGAAAAAGUCUUCCAGGAUACCAAACUGCAUGCUCUGUUGUUGUUGUAUGAUAAGAUCAACACACAGACUGUGAGCCCCAUCCACCCUCCCCCAGAUGAUGCUGUGGAGAGGUCACGAGAGGUUCACAAUGUGAUGAAAGUCUGUCCACAAGAGUAUACUACUGUGUGCCAAGAAUUAGAACAAAUUCUGUCUAAACCCCAUGUAAUGGCCUUACUUCAAGCACAUGAUGUGGUAGCACAUGAGGUUUAUGGAGAGGAUGCCGUUCGCGUCACACCCCCUCCAAUCCAGACUUUUUCCAGCCUGAAUGGUGAUUCCUCACAGCCCCCAAGUCCAGAAGUUGAGAUGGAUCCUGGCUGUAAAAUCAAUCGUGUAAGACUUGUCCAAUUCCAGAAAAACAAGGAUGAGCCCAUGGGAAUUACUCUAAGGGUGAAUGAAGUUGGUCAGUGUAAAGUUGCUAGGAUAAUGCAUGGAGGAAUGAUCCAUCGACAAGGAACCCUUCAUGUUGGAGAUGAAAUUAGAGAAAUAAAUGAAGUUAGUGUCGUUAAUCAGACAGUGGAAAAUCUGCAGAAAAUGCUGAAAUCAUUAAGUGGCAAUGUCACCUUCAAAAUUGUUCCGCAGCCUUCAGGCAAUGUGCAUAAGGAACGAAAUGAAAAUGGAACACACAAAGAGAUCUUUGUGAGGGCCCUGUUUGAUUAUAAUCCUGAGGAUGAUGAUAUGAUUCCUUGCCCACAGGCUGGAGUGUCUUUUAGAGUUGGGGAUGUUUUAAGAAUCAUAAAUAAAGAAGACUCUAAUUGGUGGCAGGCUAAGUUAUGGGGUGUGGCCCCUACUACCCCAGCAGGUCUCAUUCCCUCCCCAGAACUUCAGGAGUGGAGGACAUCAAUGUCCUCAAGGGAAAAAGCCAGACAUGAGCAUGCAGCACAUUGUUCAUGGUUUGGAAGAAAGAAGAAAGAUAAAUACCUAGCCAAACACAACUCAAUCUUUGACCAGUUAGAUCUCAAUACAUAUGAGGAGGUGGUCUGUCUACCAGCAUUCAUGAGGAAAACAUUAGUAUUAUUAGGUGCUCAUGGAGUUGGUAGAAGACACAUCAAAAAUACCCUGAUAACAAGUCAUCCUGAUCGAUUUGCUUACCCCAUUCCACAUACCACAAGGGCACCUCGAGAGGGUGAAAUGAAUGGAAAAAAUUACUAUUUUGUUGGCCAUGAUCAAAUGAUGAAAGACAUUGCUGCUAAUGAGUAUUUAGAAUAUGGCACUCAUGAGGAUGCCAUGUAUGGAACAAAGUUAGAGACAAUUCGCCAAAUUCAUUCCAAAGGUCUUAUUGCAAUUCUGGAUGUUGAACCACAGGCACUGAAAGUUUUACGCACUGCUGAUUACGCACCUUAUGUAGUAUUUAUAGCAGCUCCUCGCUUCAAUGACCAUCUUCUCAGAAAAACUAAGGAUAUGAAUGACAUUAGCUUGGAGAGAUUAGCUACAGAAAGUGAACUUCUAGAAAAAGCCUAUGGACAUUAUUUUGACUUGAAAAUUGUGAACAAUGAUAUUGAUGAAACCAUAAGGAAAUUGGAACAUGCGAUUGAUCAAGUGAGUACCACACCCCAGUGGGUACCGGUCAGCUGGGUCUACUGAUAAGUCUGUGAUGAUUGGUUGUUUAAAUGCUCUGUGGUCCUUAUAAGGCCUUUGUAAAUGACCUAUAUUUAUACCUGAAUGUGUAGAUGGCCCAGAUGAGGAAGGUGAAAGGUUAACUAUAGUUAUAACUACUUAUUAGUUAAUCAUGACAAAAGUGUCCAUAAACAGGUUCAGAUGAAUUAAGAGAGAAUGUGAAAACAUUGUAUGAUUAAGCAUGAAUGUGAGACAGGUUUAAUUGAUAUUUAUACAUAUUUUUAAAACAAAUAUGAUACAUUCAAGAAGUAAUAUCAAGGUUGUAAAUGGAAUGUGGUGAAAGUAAAAGAUUAUAUACUUGUAUGUAUAUUUCCUAGAAAACAGCUGGUGUAAGUAAAGGUAUUAGGUCAAUAUUUUUAUCAUAAUGUGGGCAUGUAAUUUCUACAAUUAAAUACUGAAGAUGUACUUUUUUUCUGCAUGGCAUUAAUUUACACCAUGUACAUGUUCACAAUUUUUCUGCUGAAAUUUGAUAAUACAGCAUACUUAAAAUGCAUUAAGGACAUUAAAUAUAUUGACAAUCCAAGAAAUGUGUGUAACUUUCUACUCGCUGAUUGAAUAGAAAUUGUGAUUUCACAGAAUUAUGACUCUGUGGGAAAAAAAGUAUAUUCACAGUAAUUAAAUUGAUACAUUUAUAUAGCAGAUUUUAAUGCAUUAUUUUUUUUUCUUUAAGACAAAGAUGCUGCACUCUAAUGUAUUACAAAUCUGUGAUUUUUGAGAAAUGGUUGUUACACUUUUUUAAUAAAUGAAAAGAUUUUUUUUAAAGUGUAGUUUUUGUCUUGGUGCAAACUUGUCAAUAAUGGUUGUUACAAUAUUCUGAUAAUCUGUAAAACUACUUUUUCAUACUGUUUUACUGCCAAGUAUUAAAAUGUCAAGAGAAAUCAAAUUUUGGGGAGCGAGAGAGAAUACAGAUGUAUGCGAGAAUAGCAUGGUGCUAAAUCUGUUCUGAUGUAUGUCUGAAGUUUUUUUUUUUGUCUCUGUGUUUUUAUGAACCCUUAAAGUGGUUAUAAGAUAAAUUAGCUUUACAAAUAUAUUUGUUGAGUUUGCAAAAUCACAGGGACCAAGUUUUUUUGAAAACAAAGGAUUUUUCUUCAAUUCUGUAAACAUAUAAACAUACAGUCAAACCUUGUUAUCUCGAACUCCAAUGGACGGGGAAAAAACUUUGAGAUAUCGGAUGAUUCGAGAUAUUGAGGGUAAAAUAAUAAGUAUAAGUAGUUGGGACUUCCAAAUCACUUUGACAUAUCCAUGGUAUUAGAGAUAUCAGUGUUCGAGAUACCGAAGUUCAGCUGUAUACUGUAAAAGUGGUUAUUUUGACGAGUUGAAAAAUUGACGAGUUUUUGUUUACGGAAAUUGACGAGUGUUAAUUUUGACGAAAUAUUGAAUCAAGAGUUAUGUAUAUCUUUGAUUUCACAAGAUUAAAACAAAAAUAAAUACAAAGAACUUCUAAAAACGAGUUUCAAAACUAGUACUCAGAGUAAGUUCGCCAGAAGCUAGAGGACCAAAAACUUGAUGGAAACAUUGGCUUAGUUGACUUGAGAACGUCUACGAUUAAGCCGCUCUGUGCGAGUUCACGAUGUUAUAAGUAAGGACCGCGACUUCCUUGGGAACUCAUUUACAAGCGUUCUCAUCAAUAAAAAUUAAUUUUGCUUGUAAAAACCAUAUACAGUCUAUAAGAUUUGAUUGAAUUAAUUGCUCUUUUGUAUUUUGUUUUCAUUAUACGAGGCCGAUUGCCUGAGGUGACAAAGUAGGUUAAACGCGGCGUGGUGAUAAUUACGCAAAGUUAGAAUGUUGUGACCAUGGGUAAUAAUAGUAUAUGACAUAGUCAAUGGUUUUUAAAACUGUGAUUAUAUGUUUUCAUAACUAUUUACAAAAAUAUUAAACAGUAACUUUGAUCUAGUUUUAAUGGGGGAAGCCGAGAAAAUUAAGAGAUAAAGUUGUACAACGGUCGAUGUUUUUUGUGACGCCAUAUAUAUGAUAUGAAGUUUGACGAGUGGAAAUUUUGACGAGAAAAGAAAAAUCGUCAAUAUAGUCAAAAUUAGCACGUCGUCAAAAUUUCCACGUUUACAGUAUAUAAACAUACCAAACUGACUCUGAAUUGUUGUACUUUCAAUAUUAUGACAUUCAGGAGGAUAUAUUGUCAGUGUUAAGUGCUUUAUUUCUUAAAUAAAGGGUUCAUUGUAAAAAUUAGUAUUUAUAUAAAAUUCUGUUGAUUUAAGUAUAGUUGUUACAUGUAGGUAUACAUAUUUAUAAAUGUUAUUUUGACUAUUUUAGGAUCAAGAAACAAGUGCAGAAUUUAGUCAAAAUAAGAAUUUUCAAAGUAAAAAUACAUGUACUACAAAUUUAAACCUAAUAGUACCCUUUAAAAAUAAAGCCAUCGGCACUUUGUCAGUUUCAAAGAAACUUGGUUCUUGUAAAUACUUGUAUGUACAAGAAUAUGAUUCCUAUUGUGAAAAAGGAUACUGUGUUGUCCAUACUGUUGAACAUCAAUCUCUAUCAUCUCAUUUUGAUGUUAGCUUUAAAAGUUUAAAACUCAAAAGCUGUUUAAAUUGAAUUUAUAUAUAUAUAAAUGUUACAUGUAUAUUGCUAGACUAAAUAUUUAAGUCUGUGUUUUAGAAAACAAACCUUUUCAUAGAUUUUUAUUAUUGAGGAAAAUCUGUUAUAAAUAAUUUACAGAUGUAAUAUGUGUUCUCUAUUAAAAAGGUGUCUUUUAUUAAUCACAAGUCAAAGUUUAAAGCAGAGGCUUUCUUCAUUUCAGCAAGAAAAAUUUAGUCCUGAAUUGUUGUGCAUGCAUGUAAAUGAUAACUGAAUUCGGAUUCUAGUCCUUUUCAUUCUUGUUUAGAUCUUUUAUAUCAGAGUUCUAUCUUUCAUUCUAGUUCAGCACUGUAAUAAUAUGACACUGUUAAAGUAAAUCUCUAGGGCAGUCAAAAUAACUUGUUAUAUUCAUAGUUCACUGUAUCCAUAGCAGUGUUUCAUUAUAUCCAAUGGGUAUUCCAUUAAUUUGCACAUCUGGGUGACAAAAUAGGACUUCACUGUUAACAGAUACUCACUACAAGUGUAUUCCCUACUGUAAAACAAUUAUGUAAAUGAUGAAUGUUUUUUAAUGAAGCACUUGUAUGAUAGAAGUGUUAAUUUUGUUCAAAAUCUGAGCUGCAUAUACAUGUACAUGAAAUUAUCUUUUUAGUCUUCAUGCAUGUAUUUCCAUUUGUUGUAAAGCUCUUCUUUUUCAAUGACUACUAUUCAGUUAUUAUAUACAUAGGAGGCCAGUUUUUGUGGAUUCCAUAAAAUUGGUUGGGAUGUAAUUUCAUGGGUAUAAAGAUCUCGUUAUGAAAGAUCUUGAUUAUAAAAGAAUAAUUUUUGUUGAGGCUGUAAAUUCGUGGGAAAAAUAUCCCCCAAAAGUUCACAAAUUCCUCUAGAAUAUUAAUGAUUCCACUAUAGCCUGCAGAAGGUAGGGGAACUAAAUCACUUAUCUAAAUAUUUUAGUUAAUUUUUAUGACUAUUUUAUAGUUAUAUUUCUUAGAUUUAUUCUAUUUCAGUUAUGAGUGGUCUAAAUAUUUAGUUCUUUGAAUUUUGUUCAAAUGAUUUGUAUGUUGUUAUUGUUCAAAGCUAUCAAAUUCAGCAGAUUAUGUAUGCAUUAUGAUGAUGAGGAAUGAAAUUGUAUUAUAUACAAAAGUUAUUGGUACAAAUAAAACUCACUGAAUCAA